AUGGUAUUUUAUAGAGCUCAAAGGCCACGAGGUCAUAUUUAUUUGUGACAUCAAUUUUAUUAAUUUGUUAGUGACGAGUUAUUCGUAGACUUUCUAUUUCAAGCAAUACUAAUUUGACAUUUUAUGUGUUUAUUAUUGUUAAGUUGUAUCAAAUAUGAAUUCCAUUGUCAAAAGUUUGACUGCGAUUGGAUUACAUUUCGUUUUGUGUACUAAAUUGGUUACAUCGUCAAUAGUGGAAGAAUGUUCAACAAUUGAUAAUUUAAACGAGGAAAGGCUUUUAAGCCUCGGUAAAAUUAUUGUUCCUGAAUUAGAAGGCAAAAGUAAAGGUGACGCUGGCAAAAUAUGUAUUAUAGGUGGAUCUACCGAGUACACAGGUGCACCUUAUUUUUCAGCUAUUUCAUCCUUGAAGGUUGGAGCUGACUUAGUUUUUAUUAUCACUACUGAGAAUGCAGCACCAGUUAUAAAAUCUUAUAGUCCAGAGCUUAUAGUUUAUCCUUAUUUAAGCUCCAAGAACCUACCAAAUAUUGUGACAUUGCUUAAUAAAAUGGACAUAAUCAUAAUUGGCCCAGGAUUGGGAAGGGACGAAAACACUAUGAAAUUAACAUAUGACAUUAUAGAAGCUUGCAAGAUGAUAAAAAAGCCAUUGAUUAUUGAUGCGGAUGGUUUGUACGCAGUUUCAAAUAACUUGACAAUUAUUAAGGGAUAUCCUUUGCCAGGAGCUAUUCUAACCCCAAAUAAUCACGAAGCGAAGAGAUUUAUUACUGCAAUUUCUAGCAAUAGCACCUGGUACACUUUCUGGGGAGAUAAUGUGAGCGUUUUGCACAAAGGGGGUGAAGAUCAUUACUACUCCAGUAUUGCUUCUUUCGAUUGGACUUUGUCAAAAGGAGGAUCUGGUCGAAGAGCUGGUGGGCAAGGGGACAUACUGUCUGGAGCUUUGGGCACAUUCUACACAUGGGCUUUGAAAUAUGAUCUUUGUGAUAACGACAAGUCGGUUCAACUUGCACAAAGUGUGGCUGCUUUUCUGUCUGCUAGGUUUACGAGAAUAUGUAACUACAAAGCUUUUUGCAUUCAUGGUCGCAGUAUGACUGCUUCAGAUAUGAUUAACCAGAUUCAUGCGUCUUUUGAUGCUUUAUUUUUGUGAAUUUAUAAUAACGUUCUGUAUACUCUUGCAAGUCUUGUAAAUCAUAUACAAAUUACAGUCUUCAUAAUCAUA